GAGUGUGGUGUUUCGUAUAUACGUGUGCGCCUACUACGUAAUCGGAAGAGAAAAAAAAAAGGAAGAAAAGAAAGAAAAUAAAUUAAAUAGGAGGGUGCUAAACGCAAAACAUGCCAACCAAGAAGAAGAAAGGGCCAUCGCAGCCGCCCAGGACCCGCGAUAGCAACGGCGUAAUUUCGUCCCGUCCCGUUCCGUUCCGUUUCGUCGCCCCGGCCGGCGAGGCGAGCCGAUGUCCUUCUUCUUCCGCAUGGCGUCGCGGCUGCGCCCAUCGACGCCGGAGGAGGUGGUCCGCUCCAUCAACGACUCCUUCCACGCCCUCCACACCAAGACCGGCGCCAGGGCCCUCGAAGAGGUUGAGAAAAAUCUCUCAUCGUUGCGGCAAAUGCUCGCUGGCGAUGGGGAUGCAGAACCAAACCAAGAACAAGUCUUGCAAAUAACGCUUGAAAUUUGCAAGGAGGACGUCCUUUCCCUCUUUGUUCAGAACCUACCUUCGUUGGGUUGGGGAGUAAGGAAAGAUCUGGUUCACUGCUGGUGCAUUUUGCUCAAACAGAAGGUUGAUGAGAGCUACUGCUGUGUGAAGUAUAUUGAGAACCACCUGGAGCUUUUAGAUUUCCUAGUUGGCUGCUACAAGAACUUGGACGUUGCACUGAAUUGUGGGAGCAUGUUGAGAGAAUGCAUAAAAUACCCUACGCUUACCAAGUACAUAUUGGAAUCCAGUAGCUUCGAGCUGUUUUUUGAGUACGUUGAACUGCCAAACUUUGAUAUUGCUUCUGAUGCUCUGAGCACCUUCAAGGAUCUGCUUACCAAACAUGAAACGGUUGUCGCUGAGUUCUUGAGCUCCCACUACGAGCAGUUCUUUGAACUCUACACAAGACUCUUAACAUCAGCUAAUUAUGUAACAAGAAGACAAUCAGUGAAGUUCCUUUCAGAAUUUCUGUUGGAGGCCCCAAAUUCUCGAAUAAUGAAGCGUUAUAUCACGGAAGUUCGUUUCUUAAAUAUUAUGACUACUCUACUGAAGGAUUCAAGCAAAAACAUUAGAAUAUGCGCCUUCCACGUUUUUAAGGUUUUUGUUGCCAAUCCAAACAAGCAUCGCAGCAUCAUCGAGGCUUUGAUCGAAAAUCGCAGAGAACUGCUGAAGCUACUCCAAAAUCUUCCUACGAGUAAAGGCGAAGAUGAACUUGAUGAGGAGAGGGAUCUAAUUAUUCAGGAGAUCCAGAAGCUGGCCUGCCCAUCAGCAUGAUAGUCACUUGAAUCAAUGGAAUAGAUGGUUUAGGAAACUGUCUUUACUGAAUACAUGUAAUUUUUUGAGUAUGAAAUGGAACAGUAGGAACUAGAUGCACUAUACACCUAAUUAGUGCAACGAA